UAUUCUCAAUUUUUAAUGGAUAUCACGAGAAGUCUGCCGCCCCGGCCAGCUGCAGUUUGGUUGCAUCAUGGCAGCACACAACCAAUCAUGGAUUAUUCGAACGGUCACCAAAUUGACAAUGACACGUGGGAUUCUCACAACAAAAUGAUGCUGGAACCGCUGUGUACCAAUGAUCCCGAGGUGUUUGAAAUAAUCAAGAAUGAAAAAAAAAGGCAGACGUAUGGGCUGGAACUCAUCGCCUCAGAGAAUUUCACCAGUCGGGCGGUCUUGGAAGCUCUGGGCUCCUGCAUGAACAACAAAUACUCGGAGGGUUACCCUGGCCAAAGGUAUUAUGGAGGCACUGAGCAUGUUGAUGAGCUGGAAUUGUUGUGUCAGAAGAGGGCUUUGGAAGUCUACGGCCUUGACUCUGAUAAAUGGGGGGUCAACGUUCAGCCAUACUCAGGUUCGCCGGCAAACUUUGCUGUAUACACAGCCUUAGUAGAACCCCAUGGCAGAAUUAUGGGCCUUGACCUUCCAGACGGAGGUCACCUCACACAUGGCUUCAUGACUGACAAAAAGAAGAUAUCGGCAACCUCCAUAUUCUUUGAAUCUAUGCCAUACAAGGUCAACCCGGACACUGGUUACAUUGACUAUGAUCGCCUGCAGGAAAAUGCCCGCCUUUUUCAUCCAAAGAUGAUCAUUGCAGGCACAAGUUGUUACUCGCGCAACCUGGAUUAUGCGCGCAUGCGAAAGAUAGCGGAUGAGAACGGAGCGUAUCUAAUGGCGGACAUGGCCCACAUCAGCGGCCUGGUUGCAGCCGGAGUGGUGCCCACUCCCUUUGAGUACUGCGACAUUGUGACCACAACCACACACAAGACACUCCGAGGCUGCAGAUCGGGAGCCAUCUUCUACAGGAAGGGGGUACGCAGUGUCGACCCAAAGACUGGCAAGGAGACCAUGUUCAACCUGGAGAGCCCAAUCAACCAGGCUGUAUUCCCAGGGCUGCAAGGGGGUCCCCACAACCACGCCAUUGCAGGAGUUGCUGUGGCACUGAAACAGGCCCUGACCCCAGAGUUCAAAGUCUACCAGAAACAGGUGGUGGCAAACUGCAGAGCUCUGGCAUCCACACUGAUGAACAAGGGCUAUAAGAUUGUGACAGGUGGCUCUGACAAUCACCUUAUCUUGCUUGACCUUCGACCCAGCGGCAGCGAUGGAGGAAGGGCAGAGAAGGUCCUGGAGGCGUGUGCUAUUGCCUGCAACAAAAAUACGUGCCCAGGAGACAAAAGUGCCCUGCGGCCCAGCGGCCUGCGUUUCGGCUCGCCGGCCCUCACCUCCCGGGGGCUCGUGGAGGAGGACUUCUGUCAAGUUGCCGAGUUCAUCCACAGAGGCAUUGAGCUCACCAUCGAGAUCCAGACCAGCAUGAACCCCAAGGCCACUCUGAAGGAGUUCAAGGAGACGCUGGCCCAAAGUGAGAAGUUCCAAAUGAAAGUGAAAACGAUAAAGGAGGACGUUGAGGCUUUUGGUGGCAAGUUCCCCAUGCCUGGACUUCCACAGUUGUGAAAGGGCUCUCUUGUUCUGUCAUUUCUGACUCUGCCUUGGUUACUGUGUCAUAGCAUUUAGCUUUCGUAUGACAUUGAUACGAGGUAAUAAUGGGUUCUGUACACAUUCCACAGAUUUCUUUAAUCAGAAGUUGGAUGACAUACAUGUUACAUUUGAAUUGUUUCGAAGUCUAUUCAUUUUCCUCAGUGUUUGUUUACAUUGCAUAGAAGGCAAGGUGCAUGGCAACAAACCAACCUGCUGAUUCUCUGAUAAUAGUGCACUGCAAAUAUUUUGAACUUGACUGUUUCUGCUAAAACCCUGCAUUUAAUUAGCUAAAUUAAAUUUACACUGACAUUAAUUUCAAA